GCGCGGCCGGGCCGGGGCGGGCGGCUGGCUGGUUUCUGUGCUCUCGUUUAGGGCAGCGUAGCCAGCAGCUCGGGAGAGGGAAGCGCGUGUGCAAGGGGAUCCCACCCCCGCGGAAACAGAGACAGAGAAGCACCCGUGCAGCCCUGCCAGCAUGGGGCACCGCGGGGAGAGGGCGUCCUGCGUGCCUCUCCUCCUCUUCUUGCUGCUGCUGCUGCUGCUCGCUUUCUGCAGAGGACGUGUUGUGAGGGUGCCCAAAGGUCCUCUUAUUCGAGUCAUGGGCACGGAGGUGACGAUCCCUUGCAGCGUUAGUGAUUAUGAUGGACCCAGUGAACAGAACUUUGACUGGGAGUUCUCCCGGGAAGCUGACUUCAUGCGGAUAGUGAGUACCUGGGAUUCUACAUUCACCUCUGAGGACUACCAAAAACGCGUGGGCCAAGGGGAUAUCAAACUGAGACGGAGCAGCAACGAUGCUGUGGAACUUGUGAUUAAAAGCAUCCAGCCAACUGACCAAGGGACAUACAAAUGCUCCACACCCAGCACUGAUGCCACCGUUCAGGGAAAUUAUGAUGCAGAGGUCCAAGUGAAAGUGAUUGCCGAUGGCUUAUCAGUGAGUGGUUCAAAAGCACGAUCCUCUACAUCUCUCAGGCUGUCUGAGGGUGACUCCUUCAAGUUGCGCUGUUCAGCAAUUACCACCUCACCAGAGCAUACUCAUCUGCAUGUGACUUGGCAGAUCAGAAGUGGAUUGUCUUGGCGGGACAUCCUAUCUCUGACUCACGAGGGCAAAUUCCAGCCAGGUCCUGGCUAUGAAGAGCGCUACCGUAACGGAGAUAUCCGCUUGGACACAGGAGCGAAUGACACAUAUCGGUUAUCUGUGUCCCAGGCCUCAUCACUGGAUGGAGGUGCCUACAGGUGUCUUGUGAGCGAGUGGGUGAGAGGGGCAGAUGGCUCAUGGCAGAAGAUUCAGGAGAAGAGUGUGGAAAUAGCAAAUGUGGCAAUCCAACGGACUGCUCUAGAUGUGGUCAUCUCAACAAGCAAUGUGUCUUUGACUGAAAGAGACUCCCUGGAUCUUACCUGCAACAUCACAACAGACAGGAGCGGUAUUUUUGAAGCUGAGGUGAUGUGGUAUUUUUCUACAUCACCUGAUGAUACCUUGUCAGAAGCUCAGGUUUUGCUGAGCGUGGACCGUGAUUCUGUUGUCAGUGAUUCAACUCUCAUCAGCCUGAGCCGCGUAGAUAGGAACUCCUAUCACCUUUUGGUGCGUGACGUGGAUGUGGAAGACUCUGGCUACUACUUCUGCCAAGCAGCUGUCUGGGUACCACUGCACAAUGGGAGCUGGCAUAAGGUGGUGGAGAGGACAUCUGCACCAGUCAGUGUGGUGGUGACAGCAUUAGAGCCGGACUAUGAGGUGUUUCUGAAUGCCUCUAAAACACCCAAGUUUUCGGAUGACCCCACAGAGCUAAACUGCAGGAUCACAAAUGCACAAGACACCGAAGCAAACAUCCGCUUCACAGUUUCCUGGUACUACAGACAGCGCCUACGCAGUGAUGAUGUGGUGUCAGAGGAGCUCCUGGCCACGAUGGAUGCAGACUGGACUCUGCAGCUUGGGGACAGGAGCAGAGAGCGGACUCACAAUGGAGAAAUAAUUUUCUUUAAGAAGGCUGCUGACACUUUCAGUUUACGAAUCCAGUGGACUUCAGAAAGUGAUAGAGGGGAUUAUUUCUGUGUCAUCUCUGCGUGGAGCAGGCACCGCAACAAUAGCUGGGUAAAGAGCAAAGAUGUGACUUCUGCAUCUGUCAACAUUUUCUGGGCUACACAAGAUUACACGCUUACAGUAGAAGCAGUGAAAUUGAAGCCGUUCUUUGUAGCAGGCCACACUUUUGAGAUGACAUGCAAAGUGUCUUCGAAAAACAUCAAGACGCCACGUUAUUCUGUCCUCAUUACAGCAGAGAAGCCACUAACGGAUCAGUCGAAUCCCAAUGGAACCACUCGCAUAAUCUCAUUGAACCAGGAUUCAGUAGUGCGGCUGGAAGAGUGGACAGACCAGACUCGUGUGGAUGGUGUGGUUCUGGAGAAGGUCCAGGAGAAUGAGUUCCGCUACAGGAUGUAUCAGACUCAGAUUUCUGAUGCUGGGCUGUAUCGCUGUGUGGUGACUGCCUGGUCUCCGGGUGGUGGUGGCAUGUGGCGUGAAGCAGUGAAUGGCUUAUCCAACCCUAUCCAGAUAGACUUCCAGACAUCAGGUCCUGUGUUUAAUGUCUCAGUGCAUUCUGACAACCCAACGGUUUACCAGGGUGAACUGGCAGAUUUGCUGUGUAUUGUGACAACAGAAGGAAUGCCGCUUGAGCCAGAUGAUAUGUCCUUUGAUGUCUCCUGGUUUGCUGUGCGCUCCUUUGCGUUGGACAGAGAGCCCGUCUUGCUGGCCUCAGUGGACCGGAGAGGGAUUGUGACACAGAGCAGGAGAAAUGGGAGCAGUGAUCUCAGUCUGGAGAGAAUCAGCCCACUGGAAUUCCGACUCCGUGUGCAUGGCUGUGAGGACCACGACUUUGGGAACCACUACUGCAUAGUGACCCCAUGGGUGCGAUCUGCCACUGGUGUAUGGCAGCGGGAACCUGACAUCAAAGCCAAACCCAUUUUUCUCUCUGUGAAAAUGGAUGUUCUGAAUGCUUUCAAGUAUCCCCUGUUGAUCGGCUUUGGUCUGGCCACUGUCAUUGGACUCUUAUCUUGCCUCAUUGGCUACUGCAGCUCCCGUUGGUGCUGCAAGAAGGAAGUGCAGGAAACAAGAAGAGAACGUCGCCGGCUAAUGUCGAUGGAAAUGGACUGAGCAUGGGAGCCAGACACACUUGAAUUUUGGAAGAGACUCACAGGGCUCUUGGACUGUGCUGAGACACUCGCUCACAGGCCCAGACAAGUCGGUGUAUUUCCUCUCCGAUUUCAGCCUGGACCUCAAGCUUCUCCUUGUUACACAUCAUGUCCUGAGAGCAUUCAGGACAUAUUUAGCAACUCGGAGUUCUCCUUUUUCCAGCAGCACUUUCUGCAUAGGGAUUAUGCCCUUUUAACGUGCAAACUGUUGAGCCUUCUGCAGGGCCCUGUGACAAAAUUCACUUAAGUUUUUUAGUUUGUUUGGUGUUUUCCCCCCCACCGUGAUUUUGAAAAGACAUCCCUGUAUGAAAGCAUAAUGGUCAGGGCAGUGGGUGGGAGAGGGGCUGGUAUAAGUGUUAGACUUUCAUUGUAUUAACCAAUCUACUUUUCACCUUUAUCUCCAUCAUACCCUCCAGUCUCCUUUCUCUGUCCACCUCAGUAUCUCAGACUUCUCUGUGUUGGGUUGAAGGCUGAAGAACGUUCCUCUGCUGGUGCCUCAUAAGGCUGUUCCAGCAAAUAAUUGGUUUAUGAUUGUCAGCAUGCCUUCUCUUCCUUGGCUUUUGAAGGUUUUGCUGUUAACCCCAAACCAUAACUUGCCUGGAGGUCUUUGAGAUACUAUUGAAAAACUUCUUUGAUUUCAUUUUCAGUGCUCAGAGCUCUUAGCUGUGGUGAAUAGGGGCUAACUUGACAACCCUGAAGAGUCAGUCCUCAGACAAGCAUUUGUUGGAUGUUUGCUCAUGGCCACCUUCUGCCCCACCAUUCCACCUUCUUUUCUCCCUACUACAGCUGCUCACUUUGUGCCUCAGACCCUGUUCUGCUUGUGGCAGGGGGGCACAUGUCUAGGGACAAGACCCUAGCCUUCUGCUGGCCUCAGUGGAGAGGCAGGAGACCUUGCCCGCUAGUGGUGGUGUGACUUACAAAAAAUAAAUAAAAAUGAGGUGGAUCUUCAUCUGUAGUUGACCAACUAAUGAUGUUUAUAGAAGACUUGUAAAUUAUGUAUUACCAAAUGCACAGGCCAGACUCUGUUGCUGCUUCUGCCAGUCACUCUGUGGUAACCCUUGAACCGAUGAGCAAACUUGAAGAUCUGCAGUAGCUGAAGCGCAGCUCAGGGUAGGAAUAGGAGCAAGCCCGAGAGGGCAGCAAGAAACCUUCAGCUUCCCAAUGGUUCAUCUUGUGGAUAGGUAUGCAGCAGGGAUUUCCCCAUGGGUUUGAGACCUUUUCCUAGGUGCUAUAGUAUAGAAGUCCUGCUUUGGUCUUCCACAUACACUAACCAGCUCCUUUCCAGGUGGUUCUGUCUUCCCAGCACAGCUAGUGUUUUAAGCAAUAAAUUUAGAAUAUAAAGAUACUGUGUAUAAACAAACAAGGAAGUAGGACUAUACCACAACCUGAUGUCACGGCUAGGAUUUGACUUGCAUCAAGAAGGGUGAGAAAUGCAGGGUUGACGCCAGGACUCAAUCCUUUCCGGAUUUUUUUUCAACAUAAAAGAAAAGAUGCUUUCAUCCAUGGAAGGUAGUGGCUGUGGUGUGCUGUUGCCAAUCUAGACAUUAGGUAUGUACUAGAUGAUCUUUUUCACCAAUAACUCAUCCCACUGCACAUUCCAGGGGAGCUGCACAUCUAGUAUCUGUGCUAUGAAGGCUUCAUUUUUCAUCGGUGUUCAUGGAACCUUAUACUCAACACUGUAGCUAUUCCAAGGUAGGAUGGUUUUGUUGGUUUUUUUCAGUAAGUUUUCUUUGUGGGUUGUUUUUUUUUUCCCCUGUCUUGCAUUGUGACCUCUGUUCUGAGGCUGAUGUGAGGGCUUUUUCUAGAAGGCUGUUUUGCUUCCAGCAUGUGAACACGCAUGCAGUCACCUAUGUAUGCAUAUGUAUGCAUAGUGGUCUCCAAUGAUUUUUUGGAUGCUGAGUGUGAAACAUCUUCAAAAUGGACUUGAAUUGCAAAGUUCGGGCUUGCAACUUGUUAUUUGUCUCUUUAAUGUAUUUCAUGUAGUGUUCCAAAACUGGGACACCCAAAACUUAUAAACCUCUGGAAGACUUUGGCCUGAACAUUCAUGGAAACUUUUCUUUCUGGCCUGGUGUUUUCCUUUCUGGAAGAGCUCUGAAAAGGCCUGUGGUGCAGACAGGCAUAGCUGCUUCUGCUAAGGAACAGGGCAGAAGCAGUCUCUAUCUUCAGCUGUGAAAACCCAGAAAUCUGUAGCGAUGCUUUCCAAAGGAAGGGAGUUGAGGAAAGGAUUCACUCAGAUACUUUGACAGCAAGAAUUUUUCUUCCUCUCCUGUCUGUCUGCUAUAGUGAAAUCUUGUUUUUUCCUUGGAUGUUGUGAAACAGCAUUAUGAUGUUUGGGAUGCUGGCUGUCCUUCCCACACUGAUCUUUCUUUCCUGCGUUAACAUCUGCUUUCUUCACAGAAGGCCUGUGGCAUUGGGGAAUCUUGGGAGGGGUGGUAGUGGUGGUGAAGUUUGAAGCACAGCAUCAGUCACUUUCUGUCCUUGCAGACUUGACUCCUUGUUUAUGUGCUCUUGGUUAAGUUUUAGGGAGAGAGGAUCAUGACUGCAAUGCAAUAAUUAGGGAAUGAAUGAGCAGGGAACUGCCAGCUCUUCCCAAGCACACAACACAGCACACUUUCUCCCUGCUGGAAAAAACUCAGGGUUAUUUUGGUCGGGGUUCCCUGCUCCUCUAGUGAAAGGCCCCAUGUCCGUAGCUAAUGCUGACCUUCCUUCAUGGCCCGUAGAAAAUCAAAAAUCAUCUUUGUCAUUCUGAGUGAAGCAAGUUCGCCACUAGCUCAUACUGCUACCAGCCCCUUGGAAGGCAAUGCUGCAUCCCCUUCUUCCUUGUAUUUGCUGUAGUUGGAAGGCUAGAGACUGAGGGGCUAGACUUACCCCCAGGUUUCCUUCUACUUGUGCCAAUUUUGUAUUAUCCUCUUUUUUUGAAAUACGGUGGGAAUCUUGUCUCUAAAGAAAAAGAAUUCUAGGUCACUUUCCAUUUUUUUUUAUUAUGAUUAUUAUUAUUAUUUCCUGUGUGAGUGGAGGUGUGUGUGCAUCUGGUUAUGUAUUAAACCUGCAGAGUAUCAGGAGAGUCACCUGCCUGAGAUGCAGUGCAAGAAUCUAUACCCUCCCUGCUGUGACUGUGGUAUUGUCAAAGUAUCCUAAGGGCUCACGUUGAUCUUUCUCUGUUUGCAUUGCAAAUUCUCCUGGUUAAGCUGGUAAAUUCCUCCAGGCACUUGGAAUUUUGAUCCAGGACAAGCUUGAACAUUGUGUAGCAGAAGGGCAAGAUAUUUUCUUUCUUUUGUUUUAAUUUCAAAGUUAUAAUGAAAAGUGUUUGGCACAAUUCUGGAAUGCAGGUACCGAAUAGUUCUAACAAUGCUGUGUAAAAUGUUUCUUUUUAUGUUUGAAAUAAAGAGCGAGCCUUUUUGAUUA